AUGGACCCGGUUCUGUACGUAACGGCCGCUCUCAUCCUGCUCGUCCUCAUCCUGUUCACGGUGAAAGUCCGGAGCAACACGCAGCAAGCUGAUGUUGAGCAGCGGCGUGAAGUGGCCCAGGCCGCGGCGCCUCGUCCUCGGGUCCCAGAGGAGCGAGGGGCCGGUAUGCCCCGCAGGAGGAGGGGCAUGGCCUCUGUGAUGGCCAACAGACGAGCACAGGCUGCGGAGGAGAGGGAACCGGACCCGAGUAAGAACCAUGUGUUAUACCAUCAUAGACAUGCUCCGGUUUGGAUUAUAGACUGUAAAGGAAAAGUAUUCUGA